AUGUCCAAGGGUGGUGGUCAUGACUUGUCAUCGUGUGGGGUGCUCGCAGCCUGGUGGUGGGUUCCUCUUGGCUGCACCGUGGACCAAGCCGUAGGUGGCCACAACGAGGAAACGAUCCGUCGCCAGCGUCCGAGACGAAUCUCCCACGGCUAUUCAGUGCCGCAAUGGGCGUCGCAACUCACACCAACCGGUGCGGUGGUCGGCCGCCGUGACGGCCGGGGUCGCGCGAAGGUCACCGUCCACCCGUCGACGGUGCAUUGUCGGUGCCUUGGUUGUAACGCCCUUGAGGAACUGCGACCGCACGUCAAUCAAAGCGACGAGGAACGGACCAUUGAAGAUGGUGAA